UGACGGCGGCGGGAGGGGCUGGGCGGGAUCGGGAUCGGGACCGGGACCGGGACCGGGACCGGGACCGGGCCAGGACCGGGGCAAGGACUGGGUCAAGGACCGGGCCUGACGGGGGCAGCCCCGGGGCGCCGGCGGGAGCCAUGGCGCCGCGGCUGCAGCUGGAAAAGGCGGCGUGGCGCUGGACCGAAACAGUGCCGCCCGAGGCGGUGGCGCAGGAGCACAUCGAGGCGGCCUAUCGCGUCCGGCUGGAGCCUUGCCAGCGCGGCGCCUGCCGGAGGAACUGCCGGGGGAACCCCAACUGCCUGGUGGGCAUCGGGGAGCACGUGUGGCUGGGCGAGAUUGACGAGAACAGCUUCCACAACAUCGACGAUCCCAACUGCGAGCGUCGCAAAAAGAACGCAUUUGUGGGCCUGACGAACCUCGGCGCCACGUGCUAUGUCAACACCUUCCUGCAGAUGUGGUUCUUGAACCUGGAGCUGCGGCAGGCGCUCUACCUGUGCCCCAGCGCCUGCGGGGAUGGCGUUCUCAAGGACACAGAUUAUGAGCCUCAGACCAUCUGUGAGCACCUGCAGUACCUGUUUGCUCUGCUGCAGAACAGCAAGCGGCGCUACAUCGACCCCUCGGGCUUUGUCAAGGCAUUGGGGCUAGACACAGGGCAGCAGCAGGAUGCCCAGGAGUUUUCCAAGCUGUUCAUGUCCCUGCUGGAAGAUACUUUGUCCAAGCAGAAAAACCCAGAUGUCCGGAACAUCGUGCAAAAGCAGUUCUGUGGAGAGUAUGCUUAUGUCACGGUUUGCAACCAGUGUGGCAGAGAAUCUAAACUGGUGUCUAAAUUUUACGAGCUGGAGUUAAACAUCCAAGGACACAAGCAGUUGACAGACUGUAUAACAGAAUUCCUCAAGGAAGAAAAAUUAGAAGGAGACAAUCGUUAUUUUUGUGAGACUUGUCAGAGCAAGCAAAACGCCACAAGGAAGAUCCGGCUGCUCAGCCUGCCCUGCACCCUCAACCUGCAGCUCAUGCGCUUUGUGUUUGACAGACAAACUGGCCACAAGAAGAAGCUGAAUACCUACAUUGGCUUCUCAGAGCUGCUGGACAUGGAGCCUUUCAUGGAGCAAAAAAGCGGUGUGUACGUGUAUGAGCUGAGCGCUGUGCUCAUACACCGUGGAGUAAGUGCCUACUCCGGGCACUACAUCGCCCACGUGAAGGACCCACAGACGGGCGAGUGGUACAAAUUCAAUGACGAGGACAUCGAGAAGAUGGAGGGGAAGAAACUACAGUUGGGGAUUGAGGAAGAUCUAGCAGAGCCAUCGAAGUCCCAGAGCCGUAAGCCCAAGUGUGGGAAGGGCACACACUGCUCCCGCAAUGCCUACAUGCUGGUGUACAGGCUGCAGGCCCGCGAGAAGUCCCUCACAGUCCAAGUGCCAGGUUUUCUGCAGGAGCUGGUAGAGCGGGAUAACUGCAAGUUUGAGGAGUGGUGCAAUGAAAUGGCCGAGAUGCGCAAACAGAGCGUGGCCAGAGGCAAGAUCAAACACGAGGAGGUGAAGGAGCUCUACCAAAGGUUACCCGCCGAAGCUGGUUCUCCCUACGACUUCAUCUCUCUGGAAUGGCUGCAGAAGUGGCUGGAUGAGUCCACUCCUCCCAAGCCUAUUGAUAAUACAGCCUGCCUGUGCUCCCACGGCAAACUCCAUCCUGAUAAAAUAUCCCUGAUGAAGAGGAUAUCGGAAUACGUGGCCGACUUCUUCUACCGGCGAUACGGAGGAGGGCCCCGGCUCAACGUCAAAGCCCUUUGCAAGGACUGUGUGGUGGAAAGGUGUCGAAUCCUGCGGCUGAAGAACCAGCUGAACGAGGACUACAAAACCGUAACCAACCUGCUGAAGAUGACAGUCAAGGGGAACGACGGGUUUUGGGUUGGAAAAGCAUCCUUGAGGAGCUGGCGACAGCUGGCUCUGGAGCAAUUAAAUGAGCAAGAUGAAGAUGCAGAGCACAGUAAUGGAAAAAUGAAUGGAAAUGCACAAAACAAAGAUGAAUCAAAUGAAGAGAAGAGGGAGGAGGAAGAGGAGUUAAAUUUUAAUGAAGACAUCGUUUGCCCACAUGGUGACCUGUGCAUCUCUGAAAACGAGCGGAGGGUGGUUUCCAAGGAAGCCUGGGAGAAACUCAAGCAAUAUUUUCCAAAAGCCCCCGAAUUCCCAAAUAACAAAGAGUGCUGUUCCCAGUGCAAGAUUUUGGAGCGUGAAGGGGAGGAAAAUGAAGCUCUGCAUAAGAUGAUGGCCAGCGAGCAGAAAACUUCACUCCAGAACCUGUUCCAUGAUAAAUGCAGACCUUGCCUGGGCAGCUGGCCUCAGGAGACGGAUGAGCUGUAUAUUGUUUCACAGUUCUUUGUAGAAGAAUGGAGGAAAUUUGUCAGGAGGCCAACACGGUGCAGCCCUGUGUCCUCCAUAGCAAACAGUGUCCUGCUCUGUCCCCAUGGGGGGCUCAUGUUCACCUUUGCUUCCAUGACCAAAGAAGACUCCAAACAUAUAGCUCUGAUAUGGCCCAGUGAGUGGGAGAGGAUCCAAAAACUCUUCGUCGUGGAUCACGUCAUCAAAAUCAGCCGGACACAGGCAGCUGGGGCCGGCCCCGAGAGCGCCUGCUACACCUCCGAGCCCCAACUGUGCCCUGAAUGCCGGGAAGGGCUCCUGUGCCAGCAGCAGCGGGACCUUCGUGAGUACACCCAGGCCACCGUCUACAUCCACAAGGUGGUGGAUAAUAAAAAGGUAAUGAAGGACGCGGCUCCAGAGCUGAACGUGAGCAGCUCGGAAGCUGAAGAGGAAAGGGAGGAAAACAAGCCAGAGGGGGAGCAAGAUCCUGAUUUUAACCAGGCCAACGGUGGCACGAAACGCCAGAAGCUCUCCCACCAGAGCUACAUCACUUACCAAAAGCAGGGAAUCAGGAGAAGCACACGGCACCGGAAGGUCCGGGGGGAGAAAGCGCUGCUUGUGUCAGCCAACCAGACCCUGAAAGAGCUGAAAAUCCAGAUCAUGCAUGCCUUCUCCGUGGCCCCCUUCGACCAGAACCUGUCCCUGGACGGGAAGAUCCUGAGCGACGACACAGCCACACUGGGCAGCCUCGGAGUCAUCCCCGAGUCCGUCAUCCUGCUCAAGGCUGAUGAGCCCAUCGCGGAUUACGCGGCCAUGGACGAUGUUAUGCAAGUUUGUAUGCCUGAAGAGGGAUUUAAAGGGACUGGUUUACUUGGCCACUGAUGGUUUUCCAAGAGGAGCGAUCAGAUGGGAAGAGGAUUUGUCACAUGGUAGGGCAUUAAAAGAAUAAAAACAGGUGGAUACAGUACUUUUUGACUCUUCCAGAAGGCAAAAAUCCAUCGUGAUAUGUCUGCUCCCCAAAAAACAAAACAAAUGCCUUAUGUCAAAGCAGAUUGCACUGAAGGACAUCCUGCUUCAGGACAACGUUCCCAGGUUUAUUUAAUAAAGUACAGGAAGGUUGGGAAGUUGAGCAGCAGUUGGUGUGUUUGGGAUGAGGGGUGGCCCUCUGUGUCCCCUGGCCUGGCCACAGAGGGGCUGUGAUCCAGUAGAUCCAGCCCAUCCUGAUCGUUCUUCAGUAACUCUUUAGGAUAAUCCUGUCUUUGAUCCACUCUUACACUUUCAGUCAAGCAUGAAAGUACAGGAAGUGUGACUUCGUGAGGAAUGUCUAGCGCUUUCAGACAACAAAACUUCAUUUACUUAACCCAAAAUGGAAGCUGGGAUCUGCCUUCCAGACCCUCCCAGGGGCUGGGAGCUGCCCCCUCUCCACAUCCUUCCGCCCUCACUUCCACACCUUGGACAAUCCAGUAACAACCUGGGCUCUGGGAACUGUGGGUAUUUUUAGAAAUUUGGGGUAUUUUAAUGACUCUGGAGAACAUUUUCCUCCAGUCUGGCGCUGCUGGGAGUGUUCCUUCUCAGGGCAGUCGGAGCUGGCGAGGGGUGGGGGUGGGUGCUGUGUUUCCCAUGGGAAGAGGUUUUCUUACUCCUCAUUUUUCAGCAAUGCACUAAUUUUUAAUUUUUUUUUUUUUGAUCUCCCAGUAAAGUUUUCUCUCCAUUAAUAUUAGCAGGAAAUAGUAUCCCACUUCCAGACUGAUCCACACUGGGCACUGCCGAGGGAUCUCGUUAUUAGAGAUCCUGUUCCUUUCCAACCUUUUCGUUUGUUUCCACAGAAAAAUACAAUGCCCAGAUCGCAUCAGUUUUAUUUUUUCAAAGUUUGCAGGAAUUUGGGGUGCAAGAAGAAGGUGGGAGCCACAAAUUCCAUCCCCAAAACCCCACUAGUUUUGAUUUCCAAUGUUUUAUUUCCAAUAUUUUAAGCAAAGAAUUCUAGCUGCUCUUUGCCCAGCGCCUUCCUCACUUGUCCCUGCUGGGUUUGGGGGUGAAGCAGCAGCAUUUGAGGGGCUCUAAAUUUCCUAAAAAGUGAUUUUUUGGGGCAGUUUGAACCCGUGGAUUCUUUCCCAAGGUAUAGACAUGGCAAAUUCCAUGCCAAAGCCACAGGAGGCUUUUCUUCCCAACCUGAAGCACUCACUUGUGUACAUAUUCCUUGGAAAUUCCAUCUUUUCAAGUUGCUGUUAAUUUUUUUUUAUGUUAUAUAAAAAAAGUCUCUUCCUUGAGCUUUCACUAUUGUGGGAAGGAAUCCUGUGGGGUGUUCCAGGGCUAUGGCAGUUCCGGCAGCGCCGGAUCCUGUGGAGGAUGCAGGUACAAGGUGUGAGCCAAGGCCCCGUUCCUGUUUUGUCUGUUAUUUGCAAAUAUUAUCGGAUUAAAGUUGUCAUUGGAGCUGUG